AUGUACUCAAGAGAAAAAUACAAAAUUUGCUUCUCAAAAAUUGAAUUCUGGGGUUUUACCCUGGGUGGUCUCGUGCUGGGUGCUGGCCUCGAUGGCCUGCUGGGUGUCGAGCAAGGACAGAAAGGAGACCUAUUCCUGGUCACUGAUCGCGGCAGAACCGUCAUCCUCUACAAGGUUUCAGAUCAGAAACCGUUGGGUUGCUGGUCAGUGAAGCAAGGUCAAACUAUAACAUGUCCAGCUGUGUGCAACUUCCAGACUGGGGAGUAUGUUGUUGUCCAUGAUGAUAAGGUUUUAAGAGUAUGGAAAAACGAAGAUGUGAAUUUGGACAAAGUAUUCAAAGCAACACUGUCUGCUGAUGUAUAUAGAAUACAUUCAAUACAAAAUACUGAACCACUUGUAUUGUUCAAAGAAGGUGCUGUUCGAAGUCUAGAUGUUUUGCUUGCAGAACCCCAACAAAAAAUUGAAGCUGUUAUUUCAGAUGAAGAAGUUAUUAAGUGGACAAAACUUUUCUUGGACUCUACUCAGCCUGUUUUAAUAUUUGUUACAGAAAAACAUGGAAAUUAUUUUGUGUAUGUGCAAAUGUUUAAUCCACAUAACUUAUGCAAAUAUACCCUUUUACCUGGAGAAGAAGAACCAGUUACAUUGAGUUUUGCUGCAUCUGUGAAUGAAAGAUUAGUCACUUUGCUGUGUUUAAGCUGUAAUGGGUGUAUAUAUGAAACUUUGAUACCACUAAAUAAGGAUAAACCUGAAGAGAAGAAAGUACUAGUCACAUCCCUCUUACUCAAGACUUCUGUAUCUGGCAAUGUUUUGAAGGGUGAUUCAUUUGCCAUUCUUGAUAAGGAUCAUGUAGCAGUCAUGGGAACUUCACUCAAGGCUCCUAAAGAAAACAUCUCUAUUUGGAAUAUUAAGUUUCAGACAUUACAAACUUCAAAGGAAUUACCACAGGGGACCAGUGGUCGUACCCAAACUAUGUCCCACUUUGUAAACUGGGGAACAUUUCAAGGAGAUGGACUUGAAUCACAAGAUUCAAAUAAUUUAGUAUCCCUUAAAGGACAUUCAAAGAGAAGUUUAAGGACAAGAAAAAAUGAGACAAGGUCUCAGCUGGAGGAUUCAACAAACAAAGAGUUUCUAUCAGGCAUAAAGGAUACUUCUGAAAAACACCUUGAACAACAGUUGAGUAAGUUUUUGGCUGAUAAACGGACACCUGACUUUCAAAUUACUAUUGGGCACAUAGUUUCAGAACUGGUGGGAAGGUGUAAGACAGAACCACCUUUUUAUCCUCAGAGUAGUCUCGUACAACUCAUCCAAACUCAAGUACUUUCUUACAGUUUGUGCCCUGACUUGAUGGCAGUUGCCUUAGAAAAGAGAGAUGUACAUUUGUUACAGUUCUGUCUACAGCAGUUCCCUGACAUUCCUGAAUCAAUUACCUGUGCUUGCUUAAAGGUUUUCUUAAGCAUUGGCGAUGACAGCCUUGAAGGGACAAAUGUGAAUAUGGAAUCAGUUAUUGGUUACAUUGACUUUCCCCAAAAUGAGAAAAUGGAGAAAAAAGAAGUUGUUCAAAAUGGUUUUAGUCCAGUACUUUCAGAAGAGGAUAACAUUGAGGACAAGUUAAAUAAAUCAGAUGGCAUGAUGAAUACUACUCUGACAUGUCCUGUAACUCCCCAAAAGGCAGCUUUACUAAAUGCAAUUCUCCACUCAGCAUAUAGUGAAACAUUUCUUUUGCCCAAUUUGAAAGACCUCACAGUCCAACAUGUCAUUCUAUUUCUCCAGUAUUUGCAUUUCCUUUAUGAGAAAUGUAGUGAAAAUGCUAGUAUGACUCUUCCAGGACCCUGUCCUCCAACCCUGAACCAGAUUAUGGAUUGGAUCUGUCUACUGCUAGAUGCUCAUUUUACGGUGGUUGUGAUGAUUCCAGAAGCAAAAGGAAUAUUGGCAAGUCUUUAUAAGUUUGUGAAAGCCCAGGUAUGGGUUUAUUCUGAGCUCAAUAAAAUUGAAGGAAGUUUACAGCAGCUACAAAAAUUGUACCAGCAAAGAAAUAUGGGAUUGUAUUCAAUUGAAGUGCUUGAACUCAUCUGAGAGUAGCAUCCAUUAUGCAGAGACUUUUAUGAAGACCUCUUUCUUCAGUGAAUUCUCUAUUCCUACUCAUCCAGUUAAACAGAGGAAUUUGUUUUAUGACUUUGUUUUGAUGUCAAGACAAGUUUCAAAGACCAGAGGAAUCAGAACUUACUGCUUCUCACUCCAUAUUUCAUACUGAACUAUUCUAGUUUUAUAGAUGAGUGCUGGGGAGUGGAGAGGCAAUGUUCUGCAAGUAACUUUUUUAAAGUAUAACUUGGUUGAUUUUAAGUAUGUAUUGUAUAUGGAUAAAAAUCUAAUUUCUUACAAAAUUUUUUUGAGUAGUACUUCUUAUAAAACAAUUACCAUUGAAGUAAUACUUAGAAGAAUUUAUUUUAGUUGAAUA